GGACAUUAGUCAAGUGAGAAUCGUCGCGUGAUACGCACACGGUGGGCAGUUUACGUACCGCACCAACUAGCAGACUCGCCAGUAAUCGCUAGAUUUUAAAAGUUUAAUCUCUGGCCUAAUAAACACGCAAAUUAUUGCGAUUGUUUUCCGGGAAAACGGAAGUACUAUACCUACUGGAAGAAACAUCGCAGUUUGGACAAGAGCGGUUCAAAUUAAUAUCUUAUUUUAUAUAUAGAUAAAACAUCUUUCGUCUCACCACAACCCCGCAGUCCCGGCCAUGGCAUCUCCACUUCCAACGAGGACCAUGCCUCCGCCUCCUCCACCAAAGCCGCAAAAGUCACCGACGCUAAAUGGGGCCGACAGGGGACACAUUUACCAGAACAACAACAAUAUCAAUAUCCAUAAUAAUAAUACUAACAACAACAACGGUGAACCGAUUCAGAACGGUGGCAAAAUUAGUCAGACAGUGCCAUUCAGUGCCAGUCCUCCGACGCUGCCGCCUGCGGAUGAACAAGUCGUGAUGACACCACGUGGAAAAACGGCCAACUCGACGGUGCUGCUCAUUGAGCGGAAGCUAGUGCAGCAGGUCGGCGAGAGGACUCACGUGGCCGGUGGUGACCAUCGAGGAAUCAUCAUCAAUAAGGAUGCCGUUGCAGGUCAAAAUGCAGAACGUACUCCCGCACAGCUGAGUCUCGAGUUCCGAGUGUUUCUAGUCAGUGCCAACACCGGCCAGCAUUCGCAGGAAUCCCGCAAAAUUCGCUUCUGGUUCCGGGAUUGGCUUCAUGAUGGCGACGUACAAGCUCACGUGGCACAGGACUUCUUCCGUGAGCUUGUCAGCCCGAAAGAGUUUCCUCGAGACUACGUCGGAUUCAUCAAGAAAAUAAUGAAGCAACUACAGAGAGGCUACAACGAGAUCCAGGCCGUCGAAGUGGAACUUCGAAUACUGGAGCAAACGUCAGCGCCGCCAUCGCGACCACCUCGUCCCGGACAUGUGAUAUUUUGCUAUGGCAAUUGUAACAAAGCUUUUGACUCCAACCAUAGCGAUUGUAGUAGAGCGCUUGGUCACGACGGUGGUGGUGGUGGUAGUUGCACAAGUCAUUCCAAUAGCAUACAUCCUUCUCCAGUUCACCAACCAGCUGAAUCAGACCCGAUUGAUCCAACCGUAUCUUUUGAAGAUUCACAAUUCGAGGUGAUUCCGCUGACCCCAGAAAAGAUUCUGGAGAUGAUUGAACAGGCCUACCCUAAUCCCAUCACUCCCGAAGAUUUAGCCAAGGAUAACGGCUGGGACGAGGAGGAAGUUCUUCAGAUUAUGCUGCUUCUGAAGGAGCGAGGCCUCAUCAAGUCGAUGGAGUACAAUUCGUUUACGCGUAUCCACCACGACGAUAAGGAGAUAAAAAUCGUCAAACAGAUGCCUACCAUCGCUUCCAAUAAGCAACCGACAAUUGCCAUAAUCACAGCGCAAUACUGCGAGAAACUUGCCGUCGAUGCCAUGUUGGAGAAUAAGGAAACUUUCGUCCGAUACACUACCGUGGGAACAUCCCCCGAAUCUCCAAUCAAUGGCCUGCAAAGACAGAGGCGAAGUAGAAAACGUUUUGGUGAAUCUAACGUCUACACUUUGGGCAACAUUGGCGCCCAUCGUAUCGUUAGCACCAAGUUGCCUUCGAUUGGUAGCACACGCGAGGCCAUGACAGCCGCAGGCAAUACGACCACUCGUCUUCUCGGAACAUUCCAAAAGGUUGACUACGUCUUCAUCGUAGGCUUAGCCGGUGGUAUUCCACAUUACACCGAUUACAGAAAGCACGUGCGUCUAGGAGACGUCGUCAUCGCUUCGAUUUCCGAUCAAAUCAAGAGCUCGUUGGAUGCUCAGGGCAGAAUCAAUGCCAAGCCGUACUGUUACGUCUAUAACGGCCAAGGAGAUCUGAAAACUUACUACCCAGUCGACGAUUGUCUGCAGACCAUUGGAAAAUCGCUGCAGGUGAACGAUGAUGGCAAGAAACCCUGGGAGGUUUACAUCAAAGAAGGUGUGGCCAACCUCAGCAAUAGGAGCGAUAACGAUUUCUCGCGACCGGCACCCAAUACAGACAAACUGUACAUGAACAUCGGUAAUAAGGAUGUCAUUGAGGUAGCGCACCCGGUAGAUCAGGAUGACGUCGACGGAUUACCCCAAACGAGACUCCAUAUGGGUCCCAUCGGAUCAGGUUAUGAUGUCAUCAAAUCCGAUAGUCUUAGAACACAGUACUCACAGGAGUAUGGACUCGUGGCCACCGACGUCGAAAUGAAUUCGGUUCUGGAUAGCAUCGUUGGAAACUGCCGGGACAGUUUCAUUCUGGUUAAAGGUGUGUCCGACUAUAAGGACGGUACGACGUCGAAGAAAUGGCAAAACUACGCUUCGCUGGCCGCAGCAGCCGUGAUGAAAACGAUAAUCUGUGCAAUGGAUGCACCGACCAACGUGUAAGUAAUGACAUUGUAACUCGCGCGAGUCUUCUGAAUAUGCAAGCAAGCUGUAAUUCGCAACCGAUCUAGUUUUGUGACACGAAAGUACCAAAAUCCUAUUUUUUUAUUUUUACGGCGUAAGUGUUUUUAUAUGUUUUAUCGUAACUUAUUACUUAUCACCGGCAUUCAAGUGAUACAAGUGAGGAAGACUAUGACCAACUAUCAUAUUAGAUGUAUCAUGAUUUUAUUUAUUCGUAAUAGAUGAACCUACAAACA